AUGAAAUAUACUAAAUCGAAUUUUAUGAUGUCAGUUGUUGGCAUUAUAAUCUAUAUAACUGAUUUAAUUGUGGACAUCUGGGUAUCUGUUAGGUUUUUCCAUGAAGGACAAUAUGUUUUUGGUAUUUUAACAGUAAGUUUUAUGCUUGUUGGAACACUUGUGGUCCAGUGUUUUAGUUAUUCUUGGUACAAGGCCGAUUUAAAGAAAGCAGGCCAAGAAAGUCAGCAUCGUUUUCUUCUACUUCACUGCUUGCAAGGAGGAAUUUUUACAAGGUAUUGGUUUGCCUUGAAAAAAGGUUAUCAUGUGGUUUUCAAAUAUAGCAACAAAACUGAUAACUUCAUAGAAAAACAAAUUGAUCCACAUAAAGAAGUUAUAGAUGGAGUGACUGAUUUGAGCAUGCUCAGGCUAUUUGAGACCUACCUGGAAGGCUGCCCACAACUUGUUCUUCAGCUCUACAUUUGUCUGGAACAGGGUCAAGGAAAUAUCAGUCAGUAUGCAGUCCUCGUGGUCUCUUGCUGUGCUAUUUCUUGGUCGACUGUUGAUUAUCAAAUAUCUUUAAGAAAAUCCUUACCUGAUAAAAAAGUCCUUACUGGGCACUGUCGAAAAUUCACUUAUCUCUCUUACAAGUUUUUUACAUUAUUAUCUUGGAUGCUGAGUGUUGUACUUCUUUUAUUCUUAGAUGUGAAGAUUGCUUUAUGUCUGUUGUCAUUUCUUUGGAUUUUAGGUAUAUUGUGGGCAUUUAAAAACCAAACUAAGUUUUGUGCUUCCAUAACUAUGGAGUUCUUAUACAGGAUUGUUGUUGGAUUUGUUCUUAUUUUUACAUUUUUUAAUAUUCAGGGUCAGAAUACCAAAUGUCCAAUGUCUUGUUAUUAUAUUGUAAGAGUACUGGCCACACUGGGGAUAUUGAUUGUGUUCUGGAUUUGCCCACUUUCUAUUUUUAAUUCAGACUAUUUUGUACCUAUUAGUAUUAUUAUAGCUCUUGCUCUUAUCCUUGGAAUUAUUUUUCUUAUUGUUUAUUAUGGGACUUUGCACCCAAACAGAAGUAAAGAAAGAGAACCUGAUGAAAUUGAUGGGAAAUUAGUGCAAAUAGAAUGUAGAAUGAAGUAUUUCCUAAUGGACUAA